UUUAGGGAGCAGUUUCACAGUGUACUGGUGCCAGGGACCUCCAGGGAGAGGCUAUGUGGCCCAAGUAAGUUGGGGUACAUCUGUAGGUAUCUUGGAAUUUGAGGCUGAGAGCAAGCUUUUGGAGCCCAAAGUUCGAGAAGGUAGUAUGCGGCCGGUGCUGAGAGUCGUGGGGUAGGGGGACCGCACAAAGUUGGAUAGUGCGUGAGUGAAGACGCCCCAGCAUGAGAGGCUGUAAGGCUGACACGGGAGCGUGUGACAGUGAAGAAGAGUGGGUGGGGUGAGAGGGUGUGCUGGCGUCUAGGCUGGGGAUUCGGUCUUUGGGUGCCUCCGGCAGCGCGGGUGUCGCCUUGCCUGCAGCUGGCGCGGCCUGGGUGCGUGUGCACGCGUGUGCGCAGGGCGGAGAGCUUGGGGCUCCUCUGCGCGUGGCUGUGCCUCGGCGCGGCCGGGUGUGUGAGCGCCGGCGCGGGCGGAGCGCACAGCCGCGGCGGCGGGCAGCCUGGGUUAUCUGAGCCGCUUGGUCUUGGGUGGCUGCGCCCAGAUCUUGGGGUGGUGGCGGUAAGGACGAGACGCGCUGUCGGGCCGAGGAGGAGCCGAGAAGUGAGACCCAGGCCGAGACGGCUGCGGCGGGGAGCUGAACAUGGAACAGCGUAAGGGCCGGGCAGGUGAGAAAACUGAGGCUCAAAGAGGCAAAGGGACUGUGCAUGUGGUGGCUGCUGCUUCCUCCCGUGGGCUUUGGGUCCUGAAGUUGAGUUUGAGAGGCGACACGGCGGCGGCGGCCGCGCUGCUCCCGCUCCUCUGCCUCCCCAUGGAUAUGCACUGCAAAGCAGACCCCUUCUCCGCGAUGCACCCAGGGCACGGGGGUGUGAACCAGCUUGGGGGGGUGUUUGUGAACGGCCGGCCCCUGCCCGAUGUAGUGAGGCAGCGCAUCGUGGAGCUGGCCCACCAGGGUGUGCGGCCCUGCGACAUCUCCCGGCAGCUGCGGGUCAGCCACGGCUGUGUCAGCAAAAUCCUGGGCAGGUACUAUGAGACUGGCAGCAUCAAGCCCGGAGUCAUCGGUGGCUCCAAGCCCAAAGUGGCAACGCCCAAAGUCGUGGACAAGAUUGCUGAAUACAAACGACAGAACCCGACUAUGUUCGCCUGGGAGAUCCGAGACCGGCUCCUGGCUGAGGGCAUCUGCGACAACGAUACAGUGCCCAGUGUCUCUUCCAUCAACAGGAUCAUCCGGACCAAAGUUCAGCAGCCUUUCCACCCAACGCCAGAUGGGGCUGGGACAGGAGUGACUGCACCUGGCCACACCAUCGUUCCCAGUACGGCCUCCCCUCCUGUUUCCAGCGCCUCCAACGAUCCAGUGGGAUCCUACUCCAUCAACGGGAUCCUGGGGAUCCCUCGCUCCAAUGGCGAGAAGAGGAAACGUGAUGAAGUCGAGGUAUACACUGAUCCUGCCCACAUUAGAGGAGGUGGAGGUUUGCAUCUGGUCUGGACUUUAAGAGAUGUGUCUGAGGGCUCAGUCCCCAAUGGAGACUCCCAGAGUGGUGUGGACAGUUUGCGGAAGCACUUGAGAGCUGACACCUUCACCCAGCAGCAGCUGGAAGCUUUGGAUCGGGUCUUUGAGCGUCCUUCCUACCCUGACGUCUUCCAGGCAUCAGAGCACAUCAAAUCAGAACAGGGGAACGAAUACUCCCUCCCAGCCCUGACCCCUGGGCUUGAUGAAGUCAAGUCGAGUCUAUCUGCAUCCACCAACCCCGAGCUGGGCAGCAACGUGUCAGGCACACAGACAUACCCUGUUGUAACUGGUCGUGACAUGGCGAGCACCACCCUGCCUGGUUACCCCCCUCACGUGCCCCCCACUGGCCAGGGAAGCUACCCCACCUCCACCCUGGCAGGAAUGGUGCCUGGGAGUGAGUUCUCCGGCAACCCGUACAGCCACCCCCAGUACACGGCCUACAACGAGGCUUGGAGAUUCAGCAACCCCGCCUUACUAAGUUCCCCUUAUUAUUAUAGUGCCGCCCCCCGGGGCUCCGCCCCUGCCGCUGCUGCCGCUGCCUAUGACCGCCACUAGUUACCGCGGGGACCACAUCAAGCUGCAGGCCGACAGCUUCGGCCUCCACAUCGUCCCUGUCUGACCGCCAGCCCCGGAGGGACGGCGCACCGACGCGACGCGACGCCCCCGGGCCACCGCCCCAGCCCCACCCCUAUACCAGGACCCCUGCAGCCCUUCACGUCACCCCGUCCAGGGCCGAACAGGAAGCGUGGAGCCGCGGGCGGGACCCUCAGGGCCGGGCCUGCCGCCCCCCAGCCCCGCCCGCCGCCCCUCCCCGCCUGCCGGGACUGCGCCGUUCCGCCGGGAGGGCCGAACCCAACGCCUCGGCCUCGCCCGAGCCAGUCCCGAAGGGGACCAGCCGCACCGUCGGACUCUGGCCAGGCCGGCCGCUGCCUCGGGGGACACGUUUCUGUGACACACAAUCAGCACGGACUGCAGCGCGGCCCAGCCCCGGAGCAGCUCUCCUCGGCCGCCCCGGCGCCGGGAGGCUUCGCUGGAGGGACUGGGCAAAGGAAAUAAAACGGUUUUCUGCA